CAUCUUUAUUUUAUUAAUAUUAAUGAGAUAUCUACUCAAAACUUCUAUUGCCAUAAGUGCAGCAUUUGCAUCAUUUUUUAAUUAUGUUUCAGCACAACCUAUGAUUCAAAGCUGUAAGCCUGGGUAUGUGGCUCUUACAUAUGAUGAUGGGCCCAAUAUCUAUACUUCAGCAUUAGUCAAGUUAUUAAAUGAAAACGGAAUCAAAGCUACAUUUUUUGUGAAUGGUGAUAAUUUUCUGCAAUUGGAGGAUGAUGCUGAAGCCCAAGAUGCUUUAAUAGAGGCAUAUAGAUCAGGACAUCAAAUUGCAAGUCAUACUUGGUCUCAUAAAGACUUGAAUGAAAUCUCGAUGGAAGAAUUUGAGCGAGAAAUAAGUCAGUUAGAAGAUAUGAUAGAUUCUUUGAUUCAUGUCAAACCUCCAUAUGGUUCGGCUAAUGAGACAACACUUGAAAUCCUUGAAUCAAAGGGGUAUUCUGUAAUUGAAUGGUCUACUGAUACAAAGGAUUAUGAAACUCAUAACCUUAAGUCUGAAAUGGAAAAUGUCCGAAAUUCAUACAGCAGAAAAAAUCUUGAUGAAGGCUUUAUCGUAUUGAGCCACGAUGUCUAUGAGCAAACAACUGUCGAAUUAACAAAGCGGUUAAUUGCUUAUACUCUAGAUGAAGGGUUCAAGUUUUGUACAGUGGCUGAAUGUAUCAAUCAUCCUGCUUAUCAAUAA